GCCUCCGGAGUCUCGAUUCACUCCCCCUCACCACCAGCCCAUUUUUCUUUUCUCAUUAUUGUUUUUUAUUUAAUUUGUCUGAAUCACAGACAUCUUCAAUAUGGCGACCGCAGUCUCCCAGGGCCCCCCUGGAAACAACUCCUUCAAGGACAAGGAGAAGCCUAUGGCGGUGCGAGCAUCCAACAUUUUGGCAGCUAGAGCCGUUUCCGAUGCCAUUAGAACGUCUUUGGGACCCAGAGGCAUGGACAAGAUGAUCCAAACGCCCAAGGGACAAACGAUCAUCACCAACGAUGGAAACACUAUGUUGAAGGAUAUGAGCGUCAUGCACCCCGCCGCCAGGAUGCUGGUCGAUCUCAGUGCUGCCCAGGAUGUUGAGGCCGGUGAUGGAACUACCUCCGUCGUUGUCAUUGCAGGUAGCUUGCUGGGAGCCGCUGAGCGCCUGUUGGCAAAGGGCAUCCACCCCACCGUCAUCUCGGAAUCUUUCCAAAGAGCCGCUGCCGCCGCAGUCGAGAUCCUUCACAACAUGUCUCGUCCGAUCAAUCUGGCCGACCGGUCUACUCUCCUCCAGGCUGCCUCGACUUCCCUUUCCUCGAAGAUUGUGUCUCAGCACUCUGGCCUUCUCGGACCGAUGGCUGUUGACUCCGUGCUGAAGGUUGUCGACCCUAAGACUGCAGAGAACGUGGACCUGCGUAAUAUUCGGAUAGUCAAGAAGGUCGGCGGUACAAUUGAGGAUAGCGAGAUGGUUGAUGGUCUGGUCUUGAACCAGCCGGUCGUCAAGAGCAGCGGUGGCCCCACAAGAACUGAAAAGGCCCGGAUAGGUUUGAUUCAAUUCCAGCUCAGCCCUCCCAAGCCUGAUAUGGAAAACCAGAUCGUGGUGAACGACUACCGUCAAAUGGACAAGAUCCUCAAGGAAGAGCGCCAAUACCUCCUCAACAUGGUUAAGAAGAUCCAGAAGACCAAGUGCAAUGUCCUCCUUAUCCAGAAAUCGAUCCUCCGUGAUGCCGUCAACGAGUUGUCUCUGCACUUCCUGUCGCGUCUCAAGAUUGCUGUCGUGAAAGACAUUGAGCGUGAUGAGGUCGAAUUCCUGUGCAAGAGUCUUGGCUGCAAGCCUGUCGCCAAUAUCGACUCCUUCACAGAGGACAAGCUCGGUACCGCCGAUCUCGUCGAGGAAGUCCAGGCCUCGGGUGCCCGUUAUGUCAAGAUUACCGGCAUUAAGGCCCCCGCUACCUCCGGCAACCAGACCGUGUCGAUCGUUGCCCGGGGUGCUAACAACCUCAUUCUGGAUGAAGCUGAGCGUUCUCUGCACGACGCUCUGUGUGUCAUCCGCUGUCUGGUGAAGAAGCGCGCUCUCAUUGCCGGUGGUGGUGCUCCCGAAGUUGAAGUUGCCCACGCACUCGCCAAGCGUUCUCGUGAGCUCACAGGCACUGAGGCCAUCUGCUGGAAGGCUUUCGCAGAUGCCAUGGAGGUCAUCCCGACCACCCUCGCAGAGAACGCGGGUCUGAACUCCAUCAAGGUGGUGACUGAAUUGCGCCACCGCCAUGCACAGGGCCAGCACAACGCCGGUGUCAGCAUCCGCAGCGGAGGUGUCAAGGAUGACAUUACUGAGGAAAACAUCCUGCAGCCUCUUCUGGUUAGCACCAGCGCGAUUGAGCUCGCCGCUGAGACUGUUAAAAUGAUCAUGAGAAUUGAUGACAUUGCUUUGUCGAGGUAAUUUGGAUGGUUGCGCAGCAGGACUGGAAGGUGUAUAUCUGGUGGUCUAUUAUGACGAAUAAUUCUACCUAAAAAUUCAGAACGACUUCAAGAUAGAUUUUGUCAAUGUAUCAAUGCACAUAGUCAUGGAUCUUCAGGUCGUUUAAACCCUGACUGUUGUGCACUAGCAAUCCAUGCUAGUGUUGUAAGUCAUCAAAUUGGUAUUUCAUAGAUUUAAUAUUGAUAGUAUGUACGCUAUAGAGCAC